AUGUAUACACUUGAAGAAGAUGAUGAUUUAACAUUUGAACAAAUAAAGAAAUUACAACAAGAUCGAAAGAAUGGAUUGAGUAGUGGUUCAUCUUCAGAUCGUUAUGAUACAUCUAUAGAGAUUGGAAGUAGUAAAAGUAGUAGUGGUAAAAGAAAGGAAAAAGAUAGAGAUAGAGAAAGAGAUAGUUUUAAAAGUGAAAAGAAAAAAGAUAAAGAUAGAAAUAGAGAUGAUGAUGAAAAGAAUAAACAUCAUGAUAAGUUGAGAAGAGAAUUCGAUUCCUAUCAUGCACCUAAACAUAUAUUGGAGACUAUUCCUGUUGAUCCGAAUGAAGACGAUCCACUGAAGCGAUUCAGACCGCAGACAGUAGCGGAACGAGAGACAGAGUAUCAAGGACGUUGGAGAAAGCGAUCGUUCAGUCCACCACGUGAUUACGAUCCAUUCACUGGCAAAGGCGAUGUAAAAGGUCGAUCCUACAAAGAUAUCAUGAUGGAGACACAACUGGCAAGAGAGGAGAAAGAGUUGCUGUUCAAGAUAUCAAAGAAACAACGUGAAGAAGAUGAAUUGAAAAGAAAGGAAAAGAAAAAUGAACAACAACAACAACAAAAGGGAGGUAAAGAUAAUGAAAGUAAUAAAAAACAAAGAGUUAGUGAUGGUGGAAGUAGGAGUAACUCAUCGUCUUCGUCAUCGUCAAGUAGUAGCAGUAGUAGUAGUGGAAACAGUAGAGAGAAGCUUUGGUUUAUAAAAGUAUUUAAGAAUGGCGAGCAACAAGGCGAACCAAUUAGUAUUCAGAAAGAUAGAACCAUUACAUUUGGAAGAGAUCCAAAGAAUAUCAUUGUUUUGGAGCAUCCCAGUUGUAGUUCCUCGCAUGCAACCAUUGCUAUUUUCAAAGAGGGAAAGCGACCGAUUCUUCUUGACCUGCGAUCGACCAACCAAACAUAUUUGAACAAUCGUGCAAUCCAACCGCAUCACCCCGAAGAACUGUAUCACGGUGAUACCAUUAAAUUCGGUGGUAGUACAAGAGAGUAUAUAAUCAAUCAUAACUAA